UUCAAAGCUCUACAAAACUCUUUUUUUUUCUUCCCACAAUGACCUUCCCCCCAAAAGGGUCGCAAGCCUUAUACCUAUAUCCUCUCAAAUGGGAUUCGGACAAGGAUAAAUUGCUUAUCUCUUGCCUUAUAGAAAAAAUCGAUGAGUGCAACCCAUCUCCACCACAUCUAUCUCCACACGCACUAAUCCAUGCGAUGAAGUCGCUAAACUCGCAACUCCAAGCCGGUGUCAACCUAAAUGAAGUGGAAGGGCGAGUUGCCUUUCUUCACGAUCGCUAUGUAUGCUUCAAGUAUCUUUCAAAUCUUCCGGAAACCCAGUGGGAUCAAGGAAGUAAUGUGGUUCACGCCGCCGACGAAGUGUGGAGCCGGUUGUUCAAGGAAAAUGCUUUUUUCCGAGCAUACUACCAUAAUGGCGAGCCGGAACUUUACCAAAUGUGCAAUUUGUUUGGCAUUCAUGAUGUGAAGAGGGAGCUAUCACAUACCGUCAUCGUUAUCGAAGACUCGUCCAUUGUUAAAAAAGAAUACGACUCAAGUGACGAUGAGGUAACCUCGCCGAUACUGAAACCACCGGCGUCAAGGAAGCUAUUCGCAGAUGACGCAAGUUCUAGCAUCGCGCCAAUCGUUCCAAGCGGAUCGAAGAUCAAAGCAACUGUUCCAUGGAAAUCAAUUAAAAACAAGUUUCGCCGACCUCCAACUAAUAUUUGUGCCGCUACUAAUGCUUUUAACAAAAAGGUGAAAGAUGACCGGGAUCCCGACGCCGGCUAUGGCGGAAGUUCAUGCGCCUCUUCUUCGCCAUUCAAGUAGACCUCGAUUUCGCUACAAUUUCGAUUAAUGCUUUGGUUGUUUUCAAAUGAUUUUUUCCUUAAGUUUAGUUCAUCCCAACGACUACCUUUUUUCUCUUGGAUAUUCAUGUUUGUUAUUUUCAUAAUAUUUUCCCAUCACAACAGCAAUAUCGUCUCUUGUUCAGUUCUAAUGAAG